AAAUCUCAGUUCAAAUUACACUCACACACAUUCUGUUUGUUGAGAAGAAGAAAAGAAAGAGACGAUGAGCGAGAAGGGAAAGAAUGAGGUGAUUGAGCUUGAUCAUUUCUUCCAUAAACAUCCACUCAUUUUGACGGAAAGAGCUGGCCGUACUGAAUACGACUUAUGUUCUGGCUGCUGGAGGUACAUCUUCUCCGGAGAGACGAUCUACAGAUGCCGCGACUGCAGCAGCCCAACGUUACACGAAGAAUGCGCAGAAAUGCCGCGAGAGAUAACGCUCUCCUUGCACCCUCAACACACCCUCGUCCAAAAAGAGAGCCGUCGCAGAUCAUGCUCUGUCUGCGGAAAAGGAAUACGUGGAAUUGGGUACUACUGCAGUAGCUCCGGCUCAUGCCAGUUCCAGAUACACCUUGGGUGCGCACGGAGCAUGGACGUGAUGGGUGCAGCUGCUGCUGGCAACCAACACCCCAGCCAUCCGCAGCAUGAGCUCAAGCUGUUGUGGAGGCCUGGGCGGGCUGCCUCCUUGAGGUGCGAUGCUUGCAGCACCAUACACCGAGGGAACUCUUAUCUGUGCACCGUUUGUCAGUACUCUAUCAACGAGAGCUGCGCCGCCUUGCCUGCCACCCUCGACCACCACCUCCACGGCCACCCGCUCUCCCUUGCUUAUUGUCUCCCACUAGACUAUAUCAAGUGGAAUUUCAAGUGUGACGUGUGUUUCAAGGACUUGCUCCGUAAAUAUUGGGUCUAUCAUUGUGAGAUUUGCAGAUAUGUUGCCCAUAUCAACUGCGCCAUCACAACAUCUCCCGUCAUCAUGAGCAAUAUUGAUGUGGAUGCAGUUGAUGGAGAUGUCAUUGCGUUUCCCAUAAAUGACGCAGUGGAGCUCAUUGGACGUUUUGUUACGAGAUUAGGAGUAACGGUCAUCUCUCAUGAUAAUGAGAUCGUCAAAGGCAAAUACAAACUCCAUAAUCCCGACCAUCAAUUACAUUUAAUCUCGUCAUCCCGGCUUGAAGAAGAAGAAGAAGAAGAAGGAGACAAUAGCGAUGAUGAAGAUGACGAUGAUCUUAACUAUGGCUUAAAAUCAACAUUAGUAUGUGACGGGUGCACCGGACCAAUUUUAGAGAAGAAACAGAAAUCUGGCUCAUCGUCAUCAAAUAAAUACAUAAGUUGUGGCGAAUGCAAAUACUCUCUUCACUUACCUUGCUUCCAAUCACCAACCGAGCUUUCCUCUCAUCCACUCCACCCAGAACCUGAUCACAUUCUAACCCUUCAAACCGGCCCCAAACUCAACUUUGUCUACUGCAGCUUCUGUCGUUUCUAUACGAAUGGGCUCUUCUAUGAGUGCAAAAUGUGCAACUUCAAAGUAGAUAUAAAGUGCAUUUCUCUGCCCGACACCAUAAAACACGCAGCUCACCCACACCAUCAUCUCAAGCUGCUCACUAAAGAGAUAACAAGGAACAGUGGCUUCUGGCUGCGUGCAUGCAGCGCAUGUGGUUAUGAUACAUUUGCCGAUGUCUGCUACAGAUGUGAUGGCUGACAAACCAUAAUGCAUUCUGCGUGUGCGUUGCUGCCUGCACAAGUGAGUAAUCCUAGAUGGGAUAAGCACCCGCUGCCGCGCGCUGACGUCCAAUGCCAGCGCCAACCAUCCGAGUAGCUUCUACUGUGAAGUCUGCGAAGAAGAGAUGAAUCCCAAGAGGUUGAUGUAUCACUGCCGAGUCUGCGAUGUUUCCAUCCAUCCCAACUGCUUGCGGACAGCAUCAGGCGAGUAUCGGAACAUCAAGUUUGGUCUGUGGUAUGAUGUCCCUGCUGCACUUCACCACCACCCUCUCGCCUAUCAAUUUCUAACCAAGAAGCUGCGCUGCGACGUCUGCGGCAAAAGGAAGGAUUAUGGUACUCGUGGAUUUCAGUGUACUUCACACAAAUGUGACUUCUUCAUGUGUUUAUUCCCGUGUGGUGCUAGAGAUCACAAAGAUGCCAUGCACGCCCAUUGAUUCAGGAAAUCUCCGAUUUACACUGUUCCAUACCUCCACCGCUUGUAAUAAAGAAUUGCCUCCACCUCGAGCAUGGAAAUACUUUAUAUUAUAUUUGUAAAUGUCAAACCAAAAUUGAUCAUG